AGGACGCACACGGGCAGGCUCGGCUUGAUUUUCAAAACUGGGUCUUAUUUGGACGGCCAAAAAAUGGUUUUUUGUAUAAUAAAAUGGCGGAAAGUAGAAGGAUAUUUAAGAGAAAAUUGAAAUGGUGUCAAAACAAUAAGGAGCAGAUAAAGAUGAAUAUAAUUGCGAGUCAUCAUGAUGCAAAAAACUUUAGUAGCUUCUGGAAGUCAACAAACAGCUUGAAUCACAGGUCAAGUCUGCCCGCGAGCGUUGAGGGAGUUAGUGACCCCAGUGAAAUCGCCAACCUUUUUAGUAAAGCGUUUAAGGUUGAGUCACCCCUAGGUCCGUCGUCCGGUGGGUCGGAGGUGGUGGGGGGGUCCGGGGACAUGCCUAUUAGGUUUACAGCUGUGGAAGUUGCUACUGUCAUAAAGAGUUUAAAGCGAGGUAAGUCACCAGGUCAUGAUGGCCUAAGUGUGGAGCACCUUCGACAUGCAGGUAAGCACUUACCGCGGGUGUUGGCUAUGCUGUUUAGUCUUUGCGUGAGUCACUCGUAUCUUCCAGCCGACUUGCUUAAAACUAUAGUUCUGCCUAUACUCAAGAACAAAACUGGAGAUUCAAGUGACAAGGGCAACUACAGACCUAUUUCUUUGGCAACUGUUAUUGCGAAAGUGUUGGACGGUUUGUUUGAUCGGCAGUUGGAUAAGCACCUCACACUUCACGACGCCCAAUUUGGGUUUAAGCCUCAUUUAUCCACUGAAACAGCUAUCCUCUGUCUCAAGCAGACUGUUCGAUACUAUACAAGCAGGCAAACACCCGUGUAUGCUUGUUUUCUGGACCUUUCCAAGGCCUUUGACCUAGUGUCAUAUGACUGCCUAUGGGGGAAACUAUCGCAGGUCACAAACCUUCCAGGUGAUGUUGUAAACAUGCUGAAGUAUUGGUAUAACAACCAAUACAAUUAUGUCAAGUGGGCGGGUGUCCUGUCGGAUGCAUACAGGUUGGAUUGCGGGGUAAGGCAGGGGGGACUCAGCUCACCUAAGCUUUUCAACCUGUAUGUAAAUCAGCUGAUUUGUGAGCUCAGCAAUACUAAUAUCGGGUGCUCCAUUGACGGGCACUGUGUCAAUAAUAUAAGUUAUGCAGAUGAUAUGGUGUUGCUGAGCCCAUCAAUCAGUGCACUGAGGAGGCUUCUCCGCAUCUGCGAGGACUAUGCGGUGACUCACGGCCUUAGGUAUAAUGCUGUCAAAAGCGAACUGAUGGUUUUUAAGGCGGGUAACAAAUGUUACGACAUAGUGCCACCGGUCACCCUGGCGGGCACUCCGCUUACCAGAGUGACUCAGUUCAAGUACCUGGGGCAUUGGGUCACCGAUAGCCUUUCGGACGAUAUGGAUCUGGAGAGGGAACGCAGAGCAUUAGCGGUCCGCUGUAACAUGCUGGCUCGUAGGUUCGCACGCUGUACAAAAGAAGUAAAAAUCACACUUUUUAGGGCAUAUUGCCAAUCUCUGUACACGUGCGCACUAUGGGUCGGCUAUACAAAAAGCUCGUAUAAUGCUCUGCGAGUCCAAUAUAAUAAUGCCUUCAGGGUGAUGUUGGGGUUACCGCGCUUUUGCAGUGCGUCGGGCAUGUUCGCAGAGGCAGGCGUGCCUGAUUUCCAUGCCAUUAUGAGGACACGCAUAGCAUCCCUGAUGCGGCGAGUGCGCGAUAGCUCCAACAGCCUGGUGGCUAUUGUGGCCAACAGACUGGACAGCCCGAUGAUGUGGCACUGGAUGACGACACAUUGUGCGUCAUUCACUUAUAUUAAGUAAAUGUAUUUAUUGUAUUUUGUUCUGGUUUUGUAAUUCUAUGUAUGUCUUAUUGUCUUUGUAUUUGUGAUUGUAUGUAUGUGUUCUUUUUUGUAUAAUUGUAAUUUUGUUAUUUUUUUAUGGACCC